AUGCACAAUUCUCGACACCCUUCGAGCAAAAUCUGGGGCCCCUUAACGACGACAGAGAUAUCACGUCAGGAAGCCUUUUGGAUCAAGAGAGCACAAAAGGAAGGAAUGAGCGACCCUAAGUUCAAAGAAGAUCGUGCCCAAUUGAACUUGGUCAAUAAUUGUGAUGAGAUCCUCGUAUGCAAAGGACGUCUUGUAGGAGAGUAUCCUGUGUUCAUUUCGGACUCGACCUUACUUGCAGAAAAAUUAGUGGCGAAAGCCCACGAAACAACGUUACAUGGUGGAAUCAUCUUGACUAUGGCUGAGAUUCGACAAAAAUUUUGGAUUCCCUGAUUACGCAAGCUGACGAAACGUGUACUUAAAUCUUGUUGGGGUUGUAAAAGAUUCCAUGCAACACCUUUUCCUAACCCACCUAUGGCACCACUACCCACAGAUCGCACACAAGGAAGUACUGCCUUUGAUGUCAUUGGUGUUGAUUUUGCUGGGCCCAUAACAUAUCGUAGACAACGAAACAAGGAAGACAAAGCUUAUGUGGUCCUGUAUUCAUGUAGCCUCACCCGCGCUGUGUUCCUUGAAUUACUGAGCUCCUUAGAAGUUGGUGAAUUUAUUCAAAGUUUAAAGCGACUAAUUGCAAGAUGUGGCAGUGGCAGACCCUCCAAGAUUUAUUCCGAUAACGCCAAAACCUUUGUCGCAGCGGCUAAAUGGGUAGAAAAGAUCCAGAGAGAUGAGAGUUUCAACGAGUUUCUUGUGGGACAUUCAAUAGUUUGGCAGUUUAACCUCAGCCGCACCCCGUGGUGGGGCGGCCAAUUUGAACGGCUGAUUGGCCUAAUGAAAUCUGCUUUCUACAAAGUUGUUGGACAAGGCUUACUCUCAUGGGCAGAAUUAACCGAAGUACUUCUUGAUGUAGAGGUCACCCUCAACAACAGACCGCUAACUUAUAUGGAGGAAGACAUCCAGUUACCCUCGCUAACACCCAAUUCGUUGCUGUUCCUCAAUACCAACAUCUUACCCGAGUUAGCGCCCUAUCAUUUAGAACAAAAGGAUUUAAAGAAACGAGCGAAAUUCCUCCUGUGGUGUAAACGAGCAAUGUGGAAGCGGUGGACGUCUGAGUAUCUGCGCGCACUAUGUGAGCAGCAUCGGUUAAAAUCAGGUGGGACAGGGAGUAUCAUAGCUGAAGGUGAUGUGGUAAUCAUCAAGUCUGUCGAAAGAAACAGGAAUCACUGGCCCCUUGGGAUUAUUGAGAAGUUGAUUGUCGGUAAAGAUGGAUGGUAUAUGGGGAGCAAAGGUGCGUACUGGAAAGAGUGUCAUUGAACGUGCUAUCCAGUUUUUAUACCCUAUGGAACUUUCAUGUGACAAAGCACCCUGUGUUUCCACUACUCCUACGAAAAGCUUGGAUCCCAGUGUACAACCUUUCCGACCCCGCAGAGCUGCAGCCUUGAAAGCUGAAGAAAGAAUGAGGAACAUUACUGCAGAUAGCGAAGAUGAACUUUAGUUGCAUCCUGGUUAUUUCAGGACGAACUUCCUUAACUAGACAAUCCUUAUUAUUGACAUUUAGCAUUUUUUUUGUUGACAUUUCUCUUCUUCAAAGAGAUAUGGGGGAGUGUGUAAAAAACAUUAGACAAUUAUUGAGAUCAGUAGUGGUCAUUAGUGCAUACAAUUAUAGAGAUCAGAUACUUAGCUCUUAGCUCUCUCUGUGAACACGAGAUUGGGACGAAUACAUCGAGAUACAGUUAUCGAAGCAUUUGUGAGCGAGAUUAUUUACAUAUUAAUAGAAAACAGUCUUCAUUUUCGACAGACACAGCAGAUACUGAGAGUGACGAAGACAUCAGUGUGCCUCCACAUAGGUAAAAACAAUGAAAAUACUUUCUGGUUUUUGUAACUCAUUAAUUGGCAGUAAUCCACCAAGUGCUGAUGAGUAAAGUCAUCUGGCAUUAGACAGCCUAAAAUACUAAAGUAGUGUGCAUUUGGGAUCAUUGCCAGCUAACAAGUUAAUUACCAUACAAUUACAGCAACUUAUAAUGACCCAACGCUUCUCCUCCAGACUAAUUUGUACUAGUUCCAAGGGUUACUCUAGUUUGUUUAUCAACAAAACAAUUCAAUUAAGUAGAACUGAAUGAUGUGCCUCCUUGCUUCAUUGUCCAUCAGCAGUAUUUUUAAAUAAAUAUGUCAGGGUUCCCAUGAAGGAAUACAAUCUGAGAACAGAGCCGAAGUUCAUUGUAUUCUUUUCGCAAUUAUUGACGCUCUUUCAAAUCUGCCGUAUGUGCAAAAGUGACAGGACAUUGGUUGAAGUGAAUUCACAUGGGACAAUGGCCGAGGUUAAAACAACAUGUGUCAACCCUGAUUGUGGGGAACGAACAACUUGGUUCAGUCAACCCUAUUUCCCUGGGACGAAAAUUGCAGCUGGUAACUUGUUGCUUGCUUUUGGGAUACUUGUCGCAGGCACAUCAAACAUAUGGGAAUGACAUGUGUCUCUUUGACAACUUUCUUCAAAUAUCAACGUGUACGUUUCAAAAUUAUGUGUUUAGCUUAUGUUUAGGGAAACUCUAUGGAAACGAGUAAACUGUCUCCAAUUAGUAAACAUGAUGCAUUUGGGCAUAGGCAUACAGGAAGGAAAAAAUUUUUCCCAUUAUGCCUAACUUGUCAAACAAAUUUUUCCAUGCAACCUUUCCAAAAUUGUUGAUGGGGGGGGGGGGGUAGAUGAAAUUUUCAACUAUUAUAUGAAAUACUGUAUUUCCCCCAAUAUUGAGGGAAUUUCUCCUAUAUAUUUUCAUAAUAAGCCAAUAUUGCCCGACUGACUGUGAAGCAAAUAUUGCCCGACUGGCUUAGUCUGCCUAACAAUCUGGGGGGCAGCUAUGCCUAUGCAUUUCAGCACAUUAUAUUUGUAUGCUACAUAAUGUUAUAUAUUUUGUAGGAAAAGUUGUUCCCAUCAAUUUAUCUUCACUGGAAGAAGUACCAGGCUGCAUUGGUGGAGAAAGUAAAAGGAUACAGAGAAAUAGCCAUUGCUGGGGAUGGACGACAUGA